GCCGGUCGCGUGGUUUCUGUAUUAUUGUUCUUUAUUUGCACUGGCACUCUGUGACUUGAUGGUGACUGAUGGUGGAGCAGAACUAAACAAUGAUCCGGAUUGCGGCGCUCAAUGCAGCCUCGGCCACUGCCGAUGGACACGAGGAGUCGCUGACCAGCCACAAGAGUCAGACUAAGGAGGCGCAGGAAGCAGAGGCCUUUGCCCUGUACCACAAAGCCCUGGACCUCCAGAAACAUGACCGAUUUGAGGAGUCCGCCAAGGCUUAUCAUGAGCUUCUGGAGACACCGCUGCUGAAAGAGGCCAUGCCGUCAGACGAUGAGCAGGCAGGCCUCAAGCACACAGGGCUCAUGCUUAAGUACUCCACCUACAAGAAUCUGGCCAGCCUGGCUGUACUCCGGGAUGACCUUGAGACUGCUGUAGAGUUCUACCUAGAGGCUGUGCUGCUGGACUCCACAGAUGUGAACAUGUGGCACAAGAUUGGCCAGGUGGCAGUCCGUCUGGUGAGGGUUCCACUAGCCCGUCAUGCCUUUGAGGAGGGUCUUCGCUGUAAUCCGGACCACUGGCCCUGCCUGGAUAGUCUCAUUACCGUUCUCUACACCCUCAGCGAUUACAGCUGCUGCUUGUACUUCAUCUGCAGAGCCCUGGAGAAGGACCCCUAUUACACCAAAGGGCUGGUACUAAAGGAGAGGAUCUUCCAGGAACAGCCCUGCCUCAGGAGGGACUCCUUCCAGAUGUUCCUCAAAUGCGAUAUGUCAGUGCACUCGGUGGAUGUGAACGAGGAGGAAGCCCAUGCCAUUAUUCAAGAGGGCCUGGAGCUGCGGAAGCGGCGGCAGGCACUCUCCUCAAAGGAACCCAAGCCAGACCUCCACUUGGUGCAGCCCAUCUCCUUCUUUACAUGGAAGUGCCUGGGGGAGAGCUUGCUGGCCAUGUACAAGUACCAGACCACCUGCGAGCCCCCCCGACCCAGUCUGGGUCGGCGCAUCGACUUGUCAGAGUACCAGGACCCCGAGCACCCCACCACCGACCUGCAGGCCUUCAACCCAGUCAGUGUAAUUCAGACUCUGCCCAGUGCCAACACCAGCACAGCCCUUGCUCCACCUAGCGUUGAACCAUCCACUGCCUCCCAGGCCUCCAUCCUGACUUCUGUCCCACAAGCUCAUGUUACCCAGAGUCAUAGCACUGUGGAAGUCACUACAACAGUUCCAGCGCCACCUGUGGUCGUUUGCUGUUGUGCCUACAUGUCUGCAAAUGACCUCCCUGAAGGCCCUCUGCACCCCACCCCGACAGCCAUGGACAUCUCACUAUCAGACAAAGUGAAGAAGGCCCCCAAGAGGAAGCGUGUGGUGGAGGAGAGCGGUGAGACGGCAAAGCGCCGAUCCGCCCGUGUCAGAAACACUAAGUGCAAGAAGGAGGAGAAGAUUGACUUCCAAGAGCUCUUGCUGAAGUUCCUUCCUUCCAGGUUGAAAAAGUUUGACCUGGAGGAUGAUGAGGAGACGUUGGGUACCUAUGAGGCUGAGUCAGAAGUGAAGCCAGACUCCCAGCAGCCCCCUGGUGCCAGCUGCCUGCCCUUUGAUUCUGUUGUAUUCAUGGAGUCUGAGCAGCAGGAUGUCCACAGUUUCCUGCUGUGCAACAUGAACAACGGGGGGGUGCUUGACUUGAUGAUGCAGUACCUGAAGGCGGUAGGUCAGCGGUACCUGGAGGAGUGGCCCCCUGGGUUGGCUCAAGUCGUCCUAGAUGUUUAUUGCUGCUGGAGGAGCCACAGCAGUGGCCUGCCCAACCCACUGCUCCGGGACUGCAGCAACCAGCACAUCCGGGACAUGAUGGUGAUGAGCCUGUCGUGUAUGGAGCUGCACCUAGAGCAGUCAUUGCUUGCCAAAGGCACGAUUGUUUCUCCACGGAAGUGUCCCGCUGGUCCCAAUGGAGACGUGUCCCAGGACAGCUUCCCUGGACCCCACUUUGAGGGAGACCUGCUGCAGCUAGCCCUGGCCUCUUCCCAGGAGGACCUCUUUGGCAAUGCCUGGCUGGUCUACCUAGUGCGCGUCUACUGGCUGAAGGCUCGCUUCCUGGCCCUACAGGGUGACAUGGACCAGGCGGUGGACAGCUAUGACGCAUGCGUGGAGAUGUUGCAGAGCCACGCAGCACGCCGGGUGCUGGGCGGAGAACAGCGAGAGUACUCCAUCUUCCUGCCCAACCUGUGUGUGGAUGCCACCAUUUCUGUGGAUGAGAUUGACAAGAAGCUCAAGUCCCUGGAGCGCUGUCAGUCUCUGGAGGAGGUGCAGCGGCUCUUCGAGUCGGGUGACUAUGAGUCGGUGGUGCGACUGCUACGGCCCACUCUGAGCACGGGCGCCUCGGCCCGAGUCAAGGCUCUGGAGUUUUCCAGCUCGCUCCCAGAACGGCCCGCCCAACUGCUGCUCUUGCAGAGCUCCCUGCUACGCCAGGACGAGUUUCGGCAGUGUCUCGACUCCUCAGAGGUGGCGCUCAACGAGGCUGUGCAGCAGCUUAGCGGCGCCCCGCCCUCCUCAGCCCGGGAUGAGUGGGCCGCCACGGUCACCCAGAUGCUGGAGGGCAUGGAGCUCUGCUUCUCACGUGACCCCCAGCUGCUGAGCAACCCCCCACGCCCCGCCAGCCUGGCUCGGCUCACCAGCAACCUGAUCCAGCUGAUAGACUACAGCAUGUCUCUGCCUGAUGAGCCCAAGGAGACGCAUUUCUCUUCUGUGCUGCCCUGGAUCAUCCUCUACCGCAUCAUCAAGCAUGAGGAAGCCACCUUCAACUGCCUGCUGCGGCAGCACCUUCCCACUGAGGAUGAGGAGGAUGACGCAGACACCCCCAUGCUGCCUUCCUCCCUGAUGCUCCUCAACACAGCCCAUGAGUACCUGGGCCGCCGUUCCUGGUGCUGCAACUCAGAUGGGGCUCUCCUCAAGUUCUACGUGCGGGUCCUGCAGAAGGAACUGGCAGCAUCCACGAUGGAGGAAGCCCACCCGUACAAGGAAGAGCUGGAGACGGCCCUGGAGCAGUGCUUCUAUUGUCUGUACGCCUACCCCAGCAAGAAGAGCAAGGCGCGCUACCUGGAGGAGCACUCAGUCCAACAGGUGGAGCUACAGUGGGCCGACGCCCUCUUCAUGUUCCAGUACUUCAAACCGAAAACACUGCCCGAGUUCGACAGCUACAAGACGAGCACGGUGUCAGCGGACCUAUCCAAUCUGCUGAAGCGCAUCUCCACUAUCGUGCCCUGCAGCGAUGCACCUGCCCUCUCCAUGGACGAGGUGUCUGCCUACAUUGAGGGUGAGACCGUUGAGGUGCCCUCUCUGCCCGAAGGGGCCAACGCAGCACCCCCAGUGGUAAACGAAGUGUACUACCUACUGGCAGACUACCACUUUAAGAACAAGGAGCAGUCAAAGGCCAUCAAGUUCUACAUGCACGACAUAUGCGUGUGUCCAAACAGGUUUGACUCGUGGGCGGGCAUGGCGUUGGCACGUGCCAGUCGCAUCCAGGACAAACUCAACUCCAACGAGCUGAAGAGCGAUGGCCCCAUCUGGAAACACUCGAUGGCUGUGCUUAACUGCUUCCGGCGUGCCCUCGAGAUUGAUGCCUCGAACCUGUCUCUGUGGAUUGAGUACGGCACCAUGUCCUACGCCCUGCACUCCUUCGCCUCCCGCCAGCUCAAACAGUGGAAGACUGAGCUGCCACCCGAGGUCGUCAAACAGAUGGAAGACCGCAGGGACUCGAUGCUGGAGACGGCCUUCCAGUGCUUCCAGGGGGCGUCACGCUGUGAGGGCGAUGGAGAGGAGGAGGAGUGGCUCAUUCACUACAUGUUGGGCAAGAUCUCUGAGAAACGUAAGCAGCCUCCACGGGAAUACCUGCUUCUCUACAAACAGGCUGCUCACUACCUGCACGAGGAGGCCGCACGGUACCCACGUAAAAUCCACUACCACAACCCUCCAGAGCUGGCCAUGGAGGCACUGGAGCUGUACUUCCGCCUGAGCGCUUCCAUCCUGAAGCUGCUGGAGUCACGUCCCCCCAGCGCUGAGGCCCAACAGGAGCACGAGCUCUUCUUCAGCAUCCUGACGGAGGCAGCCAGCGGACCAUUUGCCCGUGGAGAGGAGAAGAACACACCCAAGUCCAGCGAGAAGGAGAAGGCUCUGUCGGUGAAUGACGAGGACUCGCACUCGUCAGUGGGCGCGGCCCUGUGCCUCGGGACGUCUUUCCCCUCCAACGGUCCAGGUCUGACAUCCCCACCAUACACGGCCGCCCCGGUCGACCACGAUUACGCCAAACGCAAAGCCCUCCGGCGCCAACAGCAGCAGCAGCAGCAGCAGCAGGAGCAGCUGCAGGCGGAUGCCACCCUCCUCAGCGGUUUGCCGGUGCCUUUUGCUGAUGCUGCGUUUGGAGCCUUGAGACGCUUGAGAGAAGGGCUCUGUACUCAUGGUUAUGCUCAGCCCCUUUUCAAACCCGUGUGGAACCUCAACGGUCGAGGGCAGCAGGGUGGGGUGUCCUCUGGAAGGGGGAAUCCUUCACAAAGCAGAGAAGAGAGGUCAGCUGACCAGGAGCACCACCGCAGUCAGGACAGCGUGGUUGUGCUCUCCGAUUCGAACUCCACCCAGGACCCAUUCACCGACGCCACCAGCUCCCAGGACAGCAGUCACAAGAUGCAUCCUGGGAUGGUGGGCACUUCCUCGUUGGAGCAGGCCGUGCCCAUUGAGCAAGGGCAGCCCAAGAUGGAGAGCUCAGAAUGCAGGGUUUCAGGGUCUCAGGAAGAGCAACACAGCGAGGGCGGCGUCUCCACCCAGCUGGAGGAGGACAAGUGCAUCCAGGAGGUUCUGGACACCCUGACGAUGACCCUGGCAGAGAUGUCGGCUCCUGAGUCAACUGCGGCAAUCCCCACAUCUGCCACGCCCACCCCCCCUCCUCCCAAGGUCCCUCUGUCCCUGCAGACACCCCCCCAACCCCCUGCUGGGGAGUCAAAGAAGAAGGCGGAACCGGCAGUGGAACUGGUCCCCGACGUGCCCAAAUGCCUGCCUAUGGAUCCUUCAGAGCAGCGCCGCCUGUUGGUGGAUAUGUGCGUGCGCGCACUCUUCCUCUGCCUCAGCCGCUUCCCACAGCACUACAAGAGCCUGUACCGGCUGGCGUACCUGUACGCCAACAGCAGCACCCACCGGAACCUGCAGUGGGCCCGAGACGUGUUGCUAGGGAGCAGUGUCCCGUGGCAACAGCUGAAACACAUGCCAGCACAGGGGCUUUUCUGCGAGAGGAAUAAGACCAACCUGUUCAAUGGAGUCUGGCGCAUCCCGGUGGACGAAAUUGAUCGACCCGGCAGCUUCGCGUCUCAUAUGAACCGCUCCAUAGUGCUGCUGCUGGAGGUUCUCUCUGUGCUGCAGGACCGGGACACCCUGCUCAAGGUCUCCUUCAUGCUCCAGAGGACCCCGGAGCAGGGAAAGAAGUAUCUGCGGGAUGUGGACCGACAGGUUCUGGCCAAGAGAGCAUUUUUCUUAACUGUAAAAGUGCUGGAGGAUAAUCUGAACAAACUCACUGGGGUGCUGGACUUGCCCCUCAGCACCCCGGCGCCCCCCCUGGGGGACAUGACCACUACGGACAGUGCCCCCCGGUCUGGUGCAGAGGACCCAAAGUGUGCUCUGACCAGGAAACCCGGACCCCCGGAGACCCCUCAGGGCCGUACCUCACCGCAGGCCGUGGACAUGGCUGAGCGGAAGGAAGAGCCCAUGGAGUUGGAGGGGUAUCAGUGGGGGGCCGCCGUCCAGCCUUUAGAGCUGCCUGCGGGGCCCCCCAGCUCAGAGAAGACUGCCGAACUCUCCCUGGAGGAGCUCAGUAUCAGCUCCCGACAGCAGCUCCAAGCUCCAGGGGUCAAACGGCAGCCCCUACCCAGUCCCCCUGAGGCCCCGUCAGCCCCCGUGAGACCCAGCCGUAAGCGCAAGCUCCUGGAGGAUGUGGAGUCCGGCAAGACGCUGCUGCUGGAUGCCUACAAGGUGUGGCAGCAGGGCCAGAAGGUGAUGACCUACGACCUGGGCCGCAUCGAGAAGAUCAUGUCGGAGACCUACAUGCUCAUCAAGCAGGUGGACGAGGAGGCUGCCCUGGACCAGGCCGUCAAGUUCUGCCAGAUCCAGAUGGCCACAUCUGCACAGAGACAGGCCAGCCUUGACACGCCCACCACACCCAAAUCCUCCAAAGAGCAUCGAGACAUCUUCAAUGCAGCACUUCCUGCGCCGGCCCCACCCCCGCAGGAGAGUGUGGUAAAGGCGAGCCCUGCCCCUCAGGGCCUCCCCACAGGGCCCCUGGACCAAUCGCAGCAGAGAAAGCCGCAGGGUCACCACCCGGCAGCCAUGGCCUUCCUGUCCCAGUCAGAUGAGCGCGAGGAGCUGCUCGAGGGACUGGCCUACAGGCAGCAGGAGACACGGCUCUGCCAGCAGAUGAAGAUGGCAACCAUGUCGCCGGGACAGGAGGCGCCAGACUGGCUGAGCGAGGAAACGGCCACAUGCAGCGCCCCCCAGCCCCUGGGGACAGGCUCGGCCCUGAGCCCAUCCCCCGACGCCACCAGCUCCAAGCAGUCAGACUCGAGCCGCAUCCGCUCACGGAUCCCUCCCAACAUGCCAAAGCUCUUCAUCCCGUCGGCUGUGGCCAAGUUCCCACCGGAGAUCACGGUGACGCCCCCCACGCCCACACUGCUCUCGCCCAAGGGCAGCAUCUCUGAGGAGACCAAGCAGAAGCUGAAGAACGUCAUCCUGUCCUCCCAGUCAGCCGCCAACGUCAAGAAGGAGACCCUGUGUCAGCCGGCGCUCGAAGUGCAAGAGACAUCCAGCCAGGAGUCGUCAGUGGAGAGCGACACGGAUGAGGAGGAGGACUACAUGGACAUCUGACCCCCGACCCCUUCCCCCUGACCCCUGCUGGACGCCGUGCAGAGUGUGGACAGACUGCAGUCCCUCCCACUUGUGCUUCGUCCCACGGCGCAUCUCAGCACGGCCAUGCCAGCCAUGUCCCAUUCUGCGGUCACGUCGCCGAUCCACCUCCUACCGACCGUGUUCAAGCGCCGUUCGCGUCCUGUUGAGCUCAAGGGCUCGUCCGUCGGGUGUCCGAGGGCCAUCCUGUCCAUCCAGCAAAGUGCCGCUUACUGUCAGGGUGGUUGAGCAGACGAUCCGCGCCGUCUGCACGUCCACCUUCCGACUGCAAACGGGUCUCCUGAGGACUUGCGCCUGGAGAAAGGGAACCGUGAACAUGUCCUAUGCAGCUGAUGUGUACCCUGCGAUGCAAGUUCUGCGCUCUUCCCCUCGGACUCUGGGGGGCUCACAUCCACCUGCUGACGCCCCCGCUGCGUGCUCCCUCGGGAGUCCCGGCGGCGCACAGCGGUUCCUGUGGUUCCUGAGUCCCGUGAGGCACCUCGACCAGCGGGUUCACACACCCUGAAGAUACUGUUGGGCUCAGAUUUGUCCUCUACCGGUUUGUAAAGGUUCAUCGUAUGUCCGCUCUCUCUUGUCGACCGUGAUGGGGGGGGAGUGGGGGGGCAGAACAUGCCUUGGCACCAGCAUCCUCGCACAACCCUUCAGGGAGGCGUCGGGGGGCCGUCUACUCAUCCUGUGGGCUUUGUACAUAUCUCACACGCAUGUAACACGUGGAUCCCGCGUUCGUGUCGUGUCUGCAUGACUCCCGCUCUGCCUGGCCUCGCAUUCCCCCUGGGAGCCACAAAGGGACGCCUUCACUUCAAUCCCCCCAGGGAUCACUUUGGGAGUGUAUAUUUAAAAAGAUAUAUAUUUGACAGCUCUAAUACUAAACAAUCAGCUGAAGACGAACGAAUGUUUUUCUACAGAUUGUUUUCUAUAUGAAGAUGGUAAUUUGCAGUAUUUUUCUGGACUGAACUGUGAGAGCAGCAUUUUUAAAAGCUAAACAGAAAUCUUUGUAAAUAUUUGUAAGGGGCAUCAGCCGCAGCCACGUCUUGCUAAAUGACCUGUAAAUGUAUGUUUGUAUUUUCUGGUGCGAGAUGCUGACGUUUUUUUUUUUUUUUUUUAACCCUUCUGCACUGUUCAUGGGAGUGUAUCCUGGCUGCUGUCUGGUCCUGGGUUCGAGGUUUAUGUCAAUUUCACUUUGUAUUUGCGUUAAGAAGAGCAUUGCGGCGCUCAGACACAAGGGGACGACACUCUUCUCUUCUCUUACUAUUGACUUGCUGCAUUAUGACCAAAAAUACACUUGAUUACCACACCUGUGCCUGGUCUCCAUUGUUC